AAGAGCACAAAUUCGUUGCCACCACAUCCAACAUGCAGGGUCUUAAGCAAGCUCUGUCAAGUCAGCUCAGGCCAUCAAGAGGCGUCGCAUGCCGUCUUGGUACCUUUGCGAAGCUUUCGGCACCCACGGGAGCUAGUCGUUCUCUAUGGGCUGCAGCUCGAUCGCGCCCUCGACAAACCCAUCAGGUCCAGACCGGCUUUCUCCCGCGCGUGCAGCGUCGGUCAAUGUGGAUACAGACAGAGACAACACCGAACCAGGAUGCGCUUAAAUUUGUGCCUGGCCGCGACGUGCUUGGCGCUGGCGCUACCUCGAUCGAGUUUUUGUCUGGCCGAGACGCCCACAUCAGCCCGUUGGCAAAGAAGCUGUUCACGAUAGACGGAGUGAAGAACAUCUUCUACGGACCUGACUUUUUGACUGUUACGAAGGACGAGUCUGCCAAUUGGGCACAGCUCAAGCCAGAGAUCUUCAGUUUGCUCAUGGAGUAUUUCAGCUCUGGACAGCCCAUUAUGAGCGAUGAACACACGGCAGCUGCUUCGGACACGGCAGCUUGUGAAGAUGAUGAUGAAAUUGUUUCGAUGAUCAAGGAACUUCUCGACUCCCGCAUCCGGCCUGCGAUUCAAGAAGAUGGCGGUGAUAUUGAAUACAGGGGCUUCGAAAAUGGCGUUGUGAAGCUGAAGCUGCGCGGUGCCUGCAGAACCUGCGAUUCGUCAACAGUGACACUGAAGAAUGGUAUUGAAAGUAUGCUCAUGCACUACGUUCCUGAGGUCGAGAAGGUUGAGCAGGUGCUCGACCCUGAAGAGCAAAUGGCUGAGCAGACUUUCGCUGAAUUCGAGGCAAGCUUGAAGGCAAAGAAGACAGCAGGUUCUCAGAGCAAUAUUGGUCAGGCUGGCCCUUGAGCUGGACCUGGGGGACCUUCGUAAGGCAGCGUCUCUGUAGUUGUGACUGUCUAUAUCUUCCUCUGUCAUUGCAUCAUGGCAGCUUAUUCUUAGACCCAAAACAACAUCUGUUUAAAGGC